AAAAGUCAGUGGAAACGUAACAACCCUAGUUUUCGUAUAAAUUGUAUACAUAGAUUUUGCAUUGAAUUACUUCGUUACAGUACUUGGCAUUACUUACGUGUACGAAUGCUACAAUAUGAAUUAUUGUCAUUCCAAUAUUUACAAAAGUUAUAUAUGUUAUACGUACCAUUCAUAUUAAUUUCAUCUUUCAAUAUCAAAGGAAGUGCAUACAGUAUUAUAAGGCAAUUUUUCAAUCAGUGUUUAUUUAUUUGCCGAGUAGCCGGCGAAGACUAGCGUGAUGAAGUAUUCUCUCCGUCGUAAAGUAUCGUAUUAAAGUAUUUUUGUUAAGUGGCAUUUAAAACAAUUUAAUUAUGAGCAGAAAAGUUUGUUUAUAAAUUCAAUUUCGUCUUUGAUACGUUUAAACUUAAAAGCUGAGAGUUUUGCAAAUAGUUACUGUUCCUAGGAAAUGAUGUAAAUUACAUCCAGGAUACCAGUAGCACAAUUUAGAUAAUUCUUAUAGAUAAAGUAUAUCAUUAAAAAUGGCUUCCCAAAAAGAAAUACUCAUCAAAAUCGAUGACUCGAACAUAAUAAAAGAGCAGAAGGCUCAAAUUAACAUACUGUGUUUGGACCUCACCCCAUUCAGCAGGCUAACACAGUUUAUCUGCUGUUCUGUAUUUGUUUUUGUGUUCUAUCUGGCAUAUGGCUAUUUCCUGGAACUGAUAUUCUCCAAGCCGGAAGUCAAACCGGUCAGCUUGUAUAUCACUUUGGUGCAGUUUUUGAUGACAAUGUUGCUCAGUUAUGGAGAGGCGUUAAUAAGAAACCCUAUUAAAAGGAAAGUACCGUUAAAAACGUAUGCAUUACUAGCAGCGCUAACACUGGGGACUAUGUCCUUCUCAAAUCUAGCUCUAAGUUACCUCAAUUACCCAACUCAAUUGAUAUUUAAGAGUUGUAAGUUGAUACCAGUGAUGAUUGGCAGUAUUAUUAUAUUGGGAAAGAGAUACGGUUUCUUGGAUUAUGUUGCAGCUAUUGUCAUGUGCAUUGGAUUAACUAUGUUUACUUUGGCUGAUUCCAGCACAUCGCCAAACUUUGAUUUCAUAGGAGUUGUAGUAAUAUCUUUAGCAUUACUGUGUGAUGCAAUAAUAGGAAAUGUUCAAGAGAAGGCAAUGAAACAGUUUCAAGCUACUAACAAUGAAGUAGUGUUCUAUUCAUAUGCAAUUGCCUGUGUUUAUCUUCUGUUGAUAACUGGGUUUAGUGGCAUAUUAGUGGAUGGAUAUGUUCAUUGCUCUGAGACACCAACAACAAUGUACACAAAUAUAUUUUUCCUGAGUCUCAGUGGGUAUAUGGGUCUGCAAGCGGUGUUGACGUUGGUUCGAAUCAGUGGCGCCACCGUCGCAGUUACAGUCACCACGAUGAGAAAGGCGCUCUCUAUUAUUAUUUCGUUUUUGUUGUUCAGCAAGCCUUUUGUUUUCCAAUACGUUUGGUCCGGCAUGCUUGUCGUAUUGGCGAUAUACUUGAACCACUACAGUAAGAAGCAUCCGAAGUAUGUUCCCCUGCCCUUCGCACUUUGCUGGCGGUAUAUGAAUAACUUUUACGAUUCGGAGUACAAAUAUCUAAGGAUCAAGACCAAAAUGUACUCAAAUACUGUGUAGUUAGGAAAAUUAAUGGAUAGUGAUAUACUAUAGGCAAUAUUUAUAUUUGUAAUAAUAUGCAACACUCUGUAUUAAAUCAAUAAUAGAUUUUUUUUACAAAAUUA